UAUAAAAGAACGUUGAGAGAAUAUCUGUAUUCAAUUGCACCGUUGAGAUGACAGCGAUCUGCGUAUUUACCGUAUUGAUUGGCAUAUUUGGUCUUAUUUCGUCUGAUCCAGUCGGACAAUGCGACCCAAACCGCAUCAGCAACCAGUAUCUCCGUGACGACAGCAACGCGUGCGCAUUCUACCAAUGUGAAUAUCACGGCACCAGUUAUCUUCGACCCACGUUCCACGCAUGCGCACCCGGCACAAAGGUGCCAGAAAAGUACGGAGAAUCCGCCGCGUAUCCUGACUCCUCAAACCCGUGCGUCCUGCGAGUAUGGAACCCAGCUGACUGCAGACCCAGGCCGUUUUGGAGCCCGUGGGGGGAUUGGAGUGCCUGCUCAAAGACUUGCGGGACAGGGGUUGCCACAAGAGAAAGACAGUGUAAUAAUGGGCCCGGAUGCCAGGGGGCGGGGACCGAGACCAGAUCUUGCACCAAUUCUCAGUCUUGUUGCCCACCUGGGUUUGCUGUGUUUGGUAACUCCUGUUAUUCGUUUAUUACCGUGUCCGGGAGGUCGCCAUCUUGGGCGUUGUCCCGGGCAAUUUGCCAAAAUGCGUCCGCUGACCUCGUUUCCAUAGAGACCAGCGAAGAGCACGAGUUUAUCAAGAAUAACCUAAGACCCAUCACCCCACCAAACAGGUUCAUUGGAUGGUACGUGGGGGGUCGGCGUCUUUCGAUUAACCCCGUCACUACACGCACAGGGGCGCCAGUGAACUCGAGGGAGGCCCGCAAGCUCCAGUUUUUCUGGGUACCUACAGGGCAACAAGUGGCUUAUGAUGGCUGGACGAAGGCGGCGGGCGUGCCCGGAGACUAUCAGCCUGACGGGAACGGUCCUUGCAUGGUCCUCUGGAUUGGAAGGCGGGAUUUUGUCGACUACGAGUUUGAUGAUUACAGCUGCAAUGGCAACGUGGGUGGCUAUGUGUGCGAAAAGGCACUGGUUUAGCUAUGAGGAUAGCAUACACGUGCGCCAUCAAUUUUGCAAAGUAUCUCUAGCGAAACUAUCUUUAAAGGAACUCCCCACGGGAAUUAUCCGCAAUGAUGAAUUUUCCAGGGUUAAAGGGAAAUUUUAUACUAAUUACGACUCAUCCUCAACCUUUCCCUGCCUUUGUAUUUGGUGUCUUAUUCCACGUUUAAUUUCAUUGAUUUAGUUUUUAAAUGACUGGCCAGUCCAGUAGAACGACAUAGCCUUCGCGAUUUUCAUCUUCCUGGCCUCGUUUUCAGACAGGAAAAAGGGCUUGAUGUUUUGUAUCGCGGUCCUGUAUCACUGUAAUACAGACUUUGCGAGCUGCUAUAAAAGCUGAGAAGACAGUAGCGACACUAGGUACGCUUCAGAUAAACUUUUAUUUCCCAUAAUUUAAGGGGUUUUAUCGUCGUUAAGGUCAAAUUGGGAAAUAUAAGAAACUUUCAAGGACAUAAAUUUGAAUCUGAGGGGUUUUCAAACGCACGGAGUGUUCCUUUAUUAACCGGUACCACUUUUUAUGUGUUGUUAUAAUUAAGGCUUCAGGAAAAACGAGAGGUUGAUUGUAUCACUAUAAAUCUGCCAAUGCCAAUUGAACAAAUUAAAUUUGAUAUGGAUUUAUUUAAAGAAAUUGAACGAGUGUAGCCUACAUGUAAGUCACCUUACCGUUCCAAUUGUAACGGGUUUAGAGAACUGUUUUUCUGGAUGCAUGGUGAUACUGUGAUGAUAUACUAAUUCGGGAGCGCAUAAAAAAAUACAUAUUUGAUGUGAUCAACAUAAAUUGACUUGUAAAAAUUAUUACUGAAAACAGAAAAUGGUGAUAUGCAUAUUGUGAAAUAUUCAUUUUUCUGAAAAUAAAAGCACUCAGCAUGGGAGAAAUUGCUCUGUAAAAU